CAGGGGACUGCAGAAGACACCGCAGGCCGAAGCUUCCCUGCCUCGGUUUCCCCUUUGCACGCAUCCGGGCGCCUCCUAGGGGCUGCGCGCUAGGGCAGGGGUCUCCUGAGGGCCGAGGUCCUCCGGUGUGUGGGGGAGCGGAAGCCGAGGCCCAGAGGGGUGACGGCCGGGGCGGGGCGGAGGGCGCGCUCGCAGCUCCCCGCCCGCCGGUUUCCUCCGGGGUCAGUCCGGCUCCUUAUCAGGCGCGGCCAGGCGGCCAGGCCCUUAUCUGCGGCGGCCCAGCAUCCUCUGGCCGCUGCGCCGGGGGUGAGAGGAGGAAACCGGGCCGCCGGGGGCGGGGAGAGGGCGGGCCGGGCCCAGGAGCUGCUCACUUGCCCUCGGGGGACCCACGCGCCCGGCGCGGCCGCCCCGGCCCAACUCCGGGGCCCAACGGGGCGGCCUGGAGCGCACUGGCCCCAACCUGGCCGGCGGAGACCCGCAACCUGGCGCGGAGGACACAGAGCCAGGCACUCACCAGGCUGCGGGAACAGCGCUGGGGUGAGCACCCCCUCCUCGGGGUCCAUGUGCCCGCCCCAGGCCGAGGCAGAGGUGGGCCCCACCAUGACUGAGAAGGCCAAGAUGGUGUGUGCCCCCAGCCCAGUGACCACCCCGCCCCCUAAGCCUGCCUCAGCUGGGCCCUUACCUACAGAGGAGAUGAGACACCAAGGAGGCGCUUCCCCAUCUAGGUUGCCCCCUGGUGUGCCAGUGAUCAGCCUUGGCCACACCAGACCCCCAGGGGCAACCAUGGCCACCACAGAGCUGAGCGCCCUGAGGCCCCCCUUGCUGCAUCUCUCUGCCCUGGGAACGGCCCCGCCCACCCUGGCCCUGCAUUACCACCCUCACCCCUACCUCAACAGCGUCUACAUUGGGCCGGCAGGACCUUUCAGCCUCUUUCCUAGCAGCCGGCUGAAGCGGAGACCAAGCUACUGUGAGCUGGACCUGGCUGAGGGGCACCAGCCCCAGAAGGUGGCCCGGCGCGUGUUCACCAACAGCCGCGAGCGCUGGCGGCAGCAGAACGUGAACGGCGCCUUCGCGGAGCUGAGGAAACUGCUGCCCACUCACCCUCCCGACCGGAAGCUGAGCAAGAACGAGGUGCUCCGCCUGGCCAUGAAGUACAUCGGCUUCCUGGUGCGACUGCUGCGUGACCAGGCGGCCGCGCUGGCCGCUGCCCCCGCCCCGCCUGGGCCGCGAAAACGACCCGCGCACCGAGACCGAGACCGAGGCUCGGACGAUGGCGGCCGUCGGGGGUCGGCGCGCCGGGCGGAGGCUACCGUGCGUUCGCAGCCUGCGCUCCCGGGGGACUCUGAUGGCGACCCCAGUGGGGCUGCCCGGCACAUCAAGGUGGAGCAGGCGGCUCUGAGUCCGGAGGUGCGGUGACCCCGGGCAGAGGCGUCUCUGAUCCGGGCACCAGGACUCAGCCCAGGGCCACUAAGGACCCGGCCCCAGAGGAGAGAGAAGACAGAAAGAUCCUGGAGGUCUGGAAGGGUGGCCAUGGCUCCCAGGGACCCAGCAGACCUUUUUUAUUGUUUUUGUUUUAAUUUCCCACUGAUCGCAGGAAGUGGCCUUGCAGCUUGUCCUUCCCAGGGACGAGGUCGGGAACCAACAAGGCAAAGUGGCCAUAGGACCCAAGUGGUGCCUUUUUUUUUUUUUUUCCCCGGGCAAGGGGAAGGUCGGGAGGGGACAGGGGGCCUUCGCCCCUCUCACCGGCACCCCUUCCCGGAGACCCAAGGACAGGCGCCUCUCGAUGGCGCGUGCUGUGUGCUGGGCGCAUGGAGAAGAGGCGCAGCAGCACCUACGCGCGGGGCGCCCGCCUCACCGAGCCCGCCCCGGUCCCGCACGAUGGAACGCGUUAGCGAAGGCUCAGGCUCUCUUGCUUUUUUUUUUUUUUUCUUUAUUUCUUUAUUUCACAUACACAUUAGCCAUUCAAUGGAGAAGCCGGAGAGAGUCAGGCAAAGAUGGUAUAACAGAAGCGCAGUGACGGGGGCGGGGCGGGGCGGAGAGGGGACAGACGGGCUGGCUGCCUACUUGCAUUCCGCUAGGACACUGAAAACCCAGAAAACAAAACAGACAGUAAACUACCCUUGUUUCUUAUGUAUCUCAGUGCAGAGACGGGGUUGGAGGGCAGAGAGAGGGAAGACCAGGCUGAAGGAGGAGGAGCAGAGGGAGGGGGACGCUAAGGGGAAGCACACCAAAUCCAUUAGUACUAUAUAUAGAUACUCGUAUAUACUGCGUUUCUUAGCCUAAGAAGAAACUUGUUUGACGGGACGGGCGGCCUUUGCGGUCCGCGAUGCUGGUGCUGGUCGGGCGCACGGAUCUCCCGGGAGGGGCCGGAGCGGGGCUGGCCCAGGCUGGCUUGCGGGGAGGAGAGGGGAAGGGGGCGCCCCGAGGGUG